CUAACUAGACAGCGUUUUCUAUUUGUUCGGAACGUUUGUUCAACGCGCGUGCGAUGCCCAAACAUGCUCUCUAGGUAGCCAGCGCACUAGAUUUUGAGACACAAUCCGUGUAUGCUGUGGAUGGGAAUGUAUCCCAGCAUGCUUGACAGUCAGCGGUAUGAACAGGGAAGGAUGAUGAAGCUAAGAUGGCAGCGCUAAUAGGGGUGCUGUCUUUACGGACUCAAGAAAAACACCAGGGACAAACGCGAAGCACGGACGUCAGCUCGCGCAUUUGACUCUUUCCACUUCGUACAACUGGACUUGAAAGCCCGAUGCGGUUGGAUCGCUUGCAGUCGAGGGGAUAAAGGUUGAAUUUUGAUCCGGGGGAAGGAAGGGACGUGUGUUUCGCAGUUGCAGCAGAGCGGCUAACCGUUAACGUCGUUGCAUCGCGAGCGCCGAAUUAAUCGGAGAUACACGGAUGUAAUUCACCGGGCGUUUUCGUGUUUUUGCACAGCGGAUAUAUGGAGUGUGCUUGGGACUUUUAGCUCUGCUCAUUGACAAUUUAAUCUAAUAUAUGCGCUGUUCCCCUAAACGAUGAUGUGUGCUGCUGCGGCAGCGGGUGCCGGUGGUAGUGGGAUCCUGUCGUCCUCCGCAUCCCACUCCAUGGGGCUGGGCGUCAGGGUCAUUCCCGGAGCUGGAAACGAUUUUGCAUCGAUCGGAUCAGGGAUGGGCUCUUGUCCCGUUGUCGGGGCUCGCUCGGAUUGUCGGAGCCGCUACCAGCUUCUUCUCUCCGGGCGAGCGCUGGCGGAGAGGUACCGGAGGAUUUACACCACCGCGAUCAACGACAAAGAGCAGGGGCUGAACCUCGGAAGGGGAAAGAAAGCUUUGAGUAAGAAGAAGCUUAAAAGGCGGCAAAAAGUCAAAUCAAAAGUGAAAACAAGAACAAAGACGGAGAGUCUGGAUGGGGCCUUCCUUGUGCCUGACAUCAAACUCCACAGCAACCCCUCUGCAUUCAACGUCUACUGUAAUGUACGGCAUUGUGUGUUGGACUGGCAGCAGAAGGAGGCUGCAUUGGCCCUGGCCUCCCGCAACUCUGUGCAGAGUGGAGACUCAGACAGCGAGGAAGAGGAGGAGUACCGCGAACCAGCCAUUAAACUGCCCAAGAUCAUUGGUAUUGGACUGUGUGGAGUAUUUGAGCUCAUCAAAGAGACACGUUUCUCGCACCCGUCACUGUGCUUACGGAGCCUUCAGGCCCUGCUGGACAUGCUACAGGGGCAACAGCCUGAGAGCUUUCAAACCGAACCUCCAGAUGUGCUUGAGUCUCUCUUCCACCUUCUGCUGGAGACGACGGUGCGGAGCACAGGGAUGAAUGACCCCAACGGUCAGACCCUAACAGCAUUAUCCUGUGCCUGUCUCUUCAGCCUGGUGGUGGCCUGGGGAGACACUGGUAAAACCCUCCAGGCUGUAUCUGCCAUCCUCACCAACAAUGGCAGCCAUGCAUGCCAGACCAUCCAGGUUCCAACAAUCCUGAACGCUCUCCAGAGGAGUGUACAGGCAGUGCUGGUGGGAAAGAUCCAGAUCCAGGACUGGUUCGGGAAUGGCAUCAAGCGAGCCGCACUCAUGAACAAAUGGGUUCUGAAGGAGGUGAACAUCGAUGAAGAUGAACACUGUCUUCUGCAAACCGAUGGAUCAUUCCUCUACCUGCUCUGCAAAGAUGGCCUUUAUAAAGUGGGCUCAGGGUACAGCGGGACCGUCAGGGGCCAUGUGUACAACUCCACAUCACGUAUCAGGAACCGUAAGGAGAAAAGGCCAUGGCUGGGAUUCGCUCAGGGUUGUUUGCUAUAUCGAGACAUGAACAGAGACAGCUUGGCGGCCAUUAAGAUCAACCCAGAGACCCUGGAGCAGGAGGGCACCAUCACAAUGCCUGGUCUUCAAGCAGAUGGGCAGAACAUCGUAUUUACUGAUGGAGAUUAUAUCAACCAGAUUGCAGCCUGCAAAGAUGACGGCUUUGUGGUGCGGAUCUACGCCACCAGCUCAGACCCGGCCCUACAGCAGGAACUGCAGCUCAAACUGGCCAGGAAGUGUCUUCAUGCCUGUGGCAUCUCCCUCUUUGACCUGGAAAAAGACCUUCAUAUCAUCAGCACUGGUUUUGAUGAGGAAGCAGCCUUGAUUGGAGCCGGCAGAGAGUUUGCUUUGAUGAGAACGGCAUCUGGGAAGAUCUACUAUACUGGAAAGUAUCAGAGCCUCGGCAUUAAGCAGGGCGGCCCAUCGGCUGGGAAGUGGGUGGAAUUGCCAGUCACUAAAUCGCCCAAGAUUGUGCAGUUUUCUGUGGGCCAUGACGGCUCCCACGCCCUGCUGGUGGCCGAGGAUGGAAGUGUCUUCUUCACAGGCUCUGCCAGUAAAGGGGAGGACGGAGAAUCAACAAAGAGCAGAAGACAACCAAAGCCCUACAAACCCAAGAAGAUGAUCAAACUUGAGACCAAGACGGCAGUAUACACGGCCUGCAACAAUGGCAGUAGUAGCAUUGUCACUAAAGAUGGAGAGCUCUAUAUGUUUGGCAAGGAUGCCAUUUACAGCGACAGCACCUGUCAGGUAUCUGAUCUGAAAGGACAUUUUGUAACUCAGGUAGCCAUGGGUAAAGCUCACACCUGUGUCCUGACCAAGAGUGGUGAGGUGUGGACAUUCGGAGUAAACAACAAGGGGCAGUGCGGUCGAGAUACUGGAGCUAUGAGCCAGGCAGGGAAAGCGUUUGGAGUAGAGAACAUGGCCACUGCCAUGGAUGAGGACUUGGAGGACGAGCUGGAUGAGAAGGAAGAGAAAUCCAUGAUGUGUCAGCCUGGCAUGCACAAGUGGAAGUUGGACCAGUGUAUGGUGUGCACCGUGUGUGGAGACUGCACCGGGUACGGUGCCAGCUGUGUGAGCAGCGGCCGUCCUGACAGAGUGCCAGGAGGGAUUUGUGGCUGUGGCUCUGGCGAGUCAGGCUGUUCAUCGUGUGGCUGCUGUAAGGCUUGUGCCCGAGAGCUGGAUGGUCAAGAGGCCAGACAAAGAGGAAUUUUUGAUGCUGUAAAGGAAAUGAUACCGCUGGACCUACUCUUAGCUGUGCCUGUCCCUCCCCCCCCAGGCGUCAAUAUAGAGGAGCACAUUCAGAUUCGACAGGAGGAGAAGAGACAACGCAUCAACCGCCGACACCGCCUGGAAGAGGGCAGAGGCCCCCUUGUUUUCCCUGGUCCCCUUUUAAUGAACCAGCGUGAGCAAGUGCUAGCCAGACUAAGACCCCUUCAGGCCUUUAAGCUAAUGCGGGAGAAACUGAAAGAUGGCAGCAGUGAACGAGGGGACAAGGAUGCCAGUAAGAUCACUACCUAUCCUCCAGGGGCCAUGCGCUUUGAUUGUGAGCUGCGAGCCAUGCAGGUUAGCUGUGGCUUCCACCACUCUGUGGUAUUAAUGGAGAAUGGAGAUGUUUACACCUUUGGAUAUGGACAACAUGGGCAACUCGGACAUGGAGAUGUUAAUUCUAGGGGGUCUCCCACUCUGGUUCAGGCUCUGUCUGGCUCCAGUACUCAGGUGACAGCAGGCAGUAACCACACUGCAGUGCUUCUCAUGGAUGGACAGGUCUUCACCUUUGGGAGUUUCUCUAAAGGGCAGUUAGGGCGACCAAUUCUAGACAUGCCCUACUGGAACGCCAAACCCUCUCCAAUGCCCAACAUUGGCGCCAAGUACGGCCGCAAGGCCACGUGGAUCGGAGCCAGUGGAGAUCAGACUUUCCUUAGAAUCGACGAGGCACUCAUCAACUCCCACGUCCUGGCCACAUCUGAGAUUUUUGCCAGCAAACAUAUAAUUGGUUUGGUUCCCACAUCUGUAUCUGAGCCUCCUCCCUUCAAAUGCCUCCUUAUCAACAAACUGGAUGGGAGCUGCCGCACCUUCAAUGACUCGGAGCAGGAGGAUUUGCAAGGCUUCGGCCUCUGUUUGGACCCUGUGUAUGAUGUCAUCUGGAGGUUCUUACCAUCUACACGAGAGAUGUGUUGCUAUAACGCAGUAAUAGCAGAUGCUCGUGUGCCCCCUGCCUCAGACAUCCAGGCCCUCUGCAGCAUCCUCAGUCCUGAGCUGGCUCUUCCCUCGGGCUCUCACGCCACCACCACCCGCUCCCAUGGAGCUCUGCACAUCCUGGGUUGUCUUGACACACUGGCUGCUAUGCAGGAGCUGAAGAUGGGUGUGGCCAACGCUGAGGAAGAGACCCAGGCUGUGAUGAAAGUCUACUCUAAAGAGGACUACAGUGUGGUCAACCGCUUUGAGAGUCAUGGAGGCGGCUGGGGUUACUCUGCACACUCUGUAGAAGCCAUCCGCUUUUGCGCUGAUACUGACAUCUUAUUAGGGGGUUUGGGUCUUUUUGGUGGCCGAGGGGAGUACACUGCAAAGAUCAAGCUGUUUGAGCUUGGCCCUGAUGGAGGAGACCAUGAGACAGAUGGAGAUCUAUUGGCCGAAACAGAUGUUUUGGCCUACGACUGUGCUGCUCGGGAGAAGUAUGCCAUGAUGUUUGAUGAGCCUGUGCUACUUCAGUUGGGCUGGUGGUAUGUGGCGUGGGCUCGUGUGUCUGGACCCAGCAGUGAUUGCGGCUCUCAUGGCCAGGCAACCAUCACCACUGACGAUGGUGUGGUCUUUCAAUUCAAGAGCUCCAAGAAAUCAAACAAUGGUACUGAUGUGAAUGCUGGACAGAUUCCUCAACUACUGUACAGGUUGCCCUCUAAUGAUGGGAACGCAUCCAAAGGAAAGCAGCAGAGCAGUGAGCCUGUGCACAUCCUCAAGCGAUCUUUCGCCAGGACUGUCUCUGUGGAGUGUUUCGAGUCUCUGCUGAGUAUCCUGCACUGGAGCUGGACCACACUGGUAUUGGGUGUGGAGGAACUCCGAGGACUGAAGGGUUUCCAGUACACGGCCACCCUUCUGGACUUGGAGCGUCUACGUUUUGUGGGCACAUGCUGCCUGCGACUGUCGCGUGUCUACAUCUGUGAGAUCUUCCCCAUCUCUGCCAACACCAAAGCAGUUGUGGAGGAAUCCAGCAAGCUGGCCGAGUGUGUAGGAAAGACCCGCAGUCUCCUGAAGAAGAUCCUGUCAGAGGGGAUGGACAACUGCCUGAACAAGUUGGACAAUGAUCCUCAGGGUUAUCUAAGUCAGCCCCUCAUGCUGCUGGAGGCUGUGCUGCAAGAGUGCCACAACACCUUCACCGCAUGCUUCCACUCAUUCUACCCCACACCAGCCCUCCAGUGGGCCUGCCUCUGUGACUUACUCAACUGCCUCGACCAGGAUAUUCAAGAGGCGAAUUUCCGCACAUCAAGCAGUCGUUUGCUGGCUGCAGUAAUGUCGGCACUGUGUAACACAUCAGUCAAGCUGACCUCCAUCUUGCCCAUCGCGUACGACGGAGAGGUGCUGCUGCGCUCCCUCGCCAAGCAGGUCAGUACGGAAAACGACUCGGCCCUUGCUCACCGCUUCCCCCUGCUGGUGGCACACAUGGAGAAACUCAGUCAUAUGGAGGAGAAUCUGAUGGGUAUGACGACGUUCCGGGAGGUUCUGGAGAAGAUGCUUGUGAUUGUGGUUCUUCCUGUGAGGAAGAGUCUGAGGAAGGAGGUGGAGCUCUUCUCUCCUCAUCUUGUGUCCAACACGUGUGGUCUGCUGGCCAGUAUUGUCAGUGAACUAACUGCCUCUGCUCUUGGCUCUGAGGUGGAUGGGCUGAACUCCCUGCACUCUGUGAAGUCCACCCCCAACCGCUUUACUAAGACCAGCCAGGGCCGGAGCUGGAACACUGGGAACGGAUCCCCAGAUGCCAUCUGCUUCACCGUGGACAAGCCAGGGGUGGUGCUGGUGGGAUUCUGUGUGUAUGGAGGAGGAGGCAUCCACGAGUAUGAGCUGGAGGUGCUCGCUGAUGAUGUGAGUCAUUUUGUAGAUUCAAUACCAGUGUUGGGAAAUCUACUUCGAAACUGUCACUUACAGAACUACAAGGCACAGACAGAGCACCCUGGAGAUUCCGCCCACUGUCACAGAUGGACAUCUCUGGAGCUGGUCAAAGGCACAUACAGCACUGAUGACUCCCCCAGUGACAUUGCUGAAAUCCGCCUGGACAAAGCUGUUCCUCUCAAGGAGAAUGUGAAAUAUGCAGUCCGUCUGCGUAACUAUGGCAGCCGCACAGCCAAUGGGGAUGGAGGUAUGACCACUGUACAGUGCUCUGAUGGAGUCACCUUCACCUUCAGCACCUGCAGCUUGAGCAGCAACGGCACCAACCAGACCAGAGGCCAAAUCCCUCAGAUACUCUAUUACAGGAGUGAAUAUGAUGGUGACCUGCAGUCGCAGCUGUUAAGCAAAGCCAAUGAAGAGGACAAGAACUGCAGUCGAGCUCUGUCUGUGGUCAGUGUGGUGGUGCGGGCAGCCAAAGACCUUCUUCACAGGGCCUUUGCUGUGGACGUUGAAGACAUCCCAGAACUCCUGAGCUCCUCCAGUCUCUUCUCAAUGCUGCUUCCACUCAUUUUGGCGUACAUUGGUCCUGUGGCUUCCUCUGUGCCUAAGGCUGCAGUGGAGGUGUUUGGUUUGGUGCAGGAACUUCUUCCGGCUGUUUCUGCCCUCAACCAAAAAUAUGCCCCACCCGCCUUCAAUCCCAACCAGUCCACAGACAGCACCACUGGGAACCAGCCAGAGCAGGGCCUAUCAGCUUGUACCACCUCUAGUCAUUAUGCUGUCAUUGAGAGCGAUCACCCCUACAAGCAGGCUGGUGUCACUCAGUACAAGGUUUCCUUCCCAGAUUGUGUUCGCUGGAUGACCGUUGAGUUUGACCCUCAGUGUGGCACAGCACAGUCAGAGGAUGUUCUCCGUCUGCUGAUACCCAGCCGAUCUCUGCACUUCUCUGGGCUCGCCUCCAAACCUCUGCCCCACGAGACUAUAAACAGCUGGACGGAACUCAAGAAGUUCUUUGGCUCCAGUGGCUGGCCCACCGCCGUCUUGGUGCUGCCAGGUAAUGAAGCACUCUUUUCCUUGGAAACUGCAUCGGAUUAUGUGAAAGAUGAGAAGGCUUGUUUCUACGGAUUCAAAUGUGUAGCUGUUGGUUAUGAAUUUAACCCUGGUCUUGAUGAGGGCAUUAUUCAGCUGGAGAAGGAACUGGCCUAUUUGGGAAGUGUGUGUGCAGCUGCACUCAUGAAGAAGGAUCUAGCUCUACCCAUAGGAAAUGAACUGGAGGAGGAUUUGGAGAUUUUAGAGGAGGCUUCACUCCAGGUGUGUAAAUCCCACUCAGGGCUCCUGGGAAAGGGGCUGGCGCUCUCUCACUCGCCUACCAUCCUAGAAGCAUUGGAGGGCAACCUGCCAAUAUACCUGCAGACCAAUGAACACUCAUUUCUGGAGGACUUCAUCACCUGCGUGCAGAAAUCCAGUGGUGGCCGGCUUGCCAGGUGGCUUCAGCCAGACUCCUACGCAGACCCACAGAAGACCUCACUCAUCCUGAACAAAGAUGACAUUCGCUGCGGCUGGCCCACCACUGUUGUGGUGCAGACCAAAGACCAAUAUGGAGAUGUUGUACAUGUGCCAAACAUGAAGGUUGAAGUGAAGGCUGUUCCUGUCUCUCAGAAGAAGUCCAUCCAGCAGGAGAACAUGAAGAAACUGCAGCGUUUGCCGGGCAGCUCCUCUAACUCUCCCUCAAGCUCUGACCUGACCUUCGGUGGACAUCCAGCACCCAAACUGGAGGCGACUUAUGAGCCCAUGAUCAUCAAAGAGGCCCGUUAUAUCGCCAUCACCAUGAUGAAGGCAUAUGAAAAUUACUCUUUUGAGGAGCUUCGCUUUGCUUCACCCACACCAAAGAGGCCCAGUGAGAACAUGCUCAUCCGGGCCAACACAGAUGGCACCUACAGCGCUAACUGGACCCCUGGUGCUGUUGGACUUUACACCAUUCAUGUGACCAUAGACGGCAUUGAGAUUGAUGCUGGUCUGGAGGUAGAAGUCAAAGACCCACCCAAAGGAAUGAUCCCUCCUGGCACACAGAUGGUCAAACCCAAAGCUGAACCUCAACCUAGCAAGGUGCGCAAAUUUGUGGCCAAGGACAGCGCAGGGCUGCGUGUGCGUAGUCACCCUUCCCUGCAGAGUGAACAGAUAGGCAUAGUCCAAGUCAAUGGCACCAUCACUUUCAUUGACGAGAUCCACAAUGAUGAUGGGGUCUGGCUCAGACUGAAUGAUGACACAGUAAAGAAGUAUGUUCCCAGCAUGAAUGGCUACACUGAAGCCUGGUGCAUCUCUUUUAACCAGCAUCUGGGUAGAUGCCUCCUGGUCCCUGUCGAUGAGGGCAGGUCAAAUUCAGAUGAUAAUGGGAAGGAGACCAGUGGCCGCCCUUCUCAUGAGACCAGCGUUCGUGACCUGGGUGCGGGCCAGACUGGUGGACCGGGUCUUUAUAAGGUAGUGAAGACCGGACCUUCUGGUCACAACAUCAGAAGCUGCCCAAACCUUAGAGGUAUCCCCAUUGGAAUGUUAGUUCUGGGGAACAAAGUCAAGGCGGUAGGCGAGGUGAUUAACUCAGAGGGCACGUGGGUUCAGCUGGAUAAGAACAGUGUGGUGGAGUUCUGUGAGAGCGACGAGGGGGAGGCCUGGUCUCUGGCCCGAGACAAAGGGGGAAACCAGUACCUAUGCCAUGAGGAAGAACAAGUGAUUUUGGAGCAUGGAGCGCAAACCCCUCCUCCGAGCCCGUUCUCGGUUCAGGCAUUUAACAGGGGCAGCUCAGGAGCUCAGGGCUUUGACUACGGCAUCUCCAACAACAAAGGUGACCGGCUGAGUGCCAUACUGAAUUCCAUUCAAUCUGGGCCUUUCCUCCAAACUCCUUCCGUAUUUGAGCAAGCUGCCAAACCUCCCUCUUCCCUUGUCCACAGCCCAUUUGUGUUUGGACAAUCCCUUUCCCAGCAGCCUCAACCGCAACCACAGCUUCCGAAUGCUUCAUCACGCAGCCUUGCUUCACGUGAGCGUGUGCACAAAAGCAGUGCGACCGGGCCUGGCACCGCUCUCUCAUCUCUUGUUCUCAGACAAAAGGGUGACAGGGAAAACAUGGCUAGUCGUUCCAUGUCUCCAGCCAGCAAGCACCGUCAAGAGAGCCGUUCUUCCAAAUCUGACAGUCACUCUAGCCGAACAGUUGACCAGGUGAAGAGCAAGAACAAUGACAGUCUGUCUGCCAGUGAAGCCCUCAUUCUAAAAUCAGACACGGGAAAACUGCGUUCUGACUCUCACAGCCGUUCCCAUUCCCCUAACCACAACACAUUACAAGCCUUGAAAGCUGAUGGCCGAACUUCAGGCAUUAGGGCCGAGUCUCCGAACCCUGGCUCUCGUUCAUCCUCACCCAAACAAAAGACCUUAACCACCGGCAGAUCCAGCCCUUCCAGCACUAGUUCCCCACGUUCCUCGUCUCCUCAUGAUAAGAAUCUGCCCUCUAAAGUUAGUCCUUCUUCUAAAGCUCACCUGGAUCCUCCUCGUGAGAGAUCCAAAUCUGACUCCUAUACGCUGGACCCUGACACUCUUAGAAAGAAGAAAGUGCCUCUCAUGGAGCCUCUGAGAGGCAGGUCUACUUCACCCAAGCCAAAACUCCCACCCAAAGAGGGCAAAGGAGGAAGCAGUGAUGCAGAGAACCGAGCCCCAUCUCCCCACGUAGUUCAGGAAAACCUCCACAGUGAGGUGGUGGAAGUGUGUAGGUCCAGCGCCUUGCUAUCCAACGAUGAAGCCAAUGAUGAGAAUGCAGAGUUGCACAAUGCCGAAGAGGGUUCCUCCAAGGUGCACUUCAGUAUUGGAAAAGCCCCGGUCAAGGAGGAGCUUGAGAGUCGUUCUUCACCCAAAGUCAGCCGUAAAACCUCCAGCAGACAUGUGAGACCCAAAAAGGACAAAUCAGGGCCACUCUUCAAGGGUGACAACUUGCGUCCCACUGAACCUGCCAAGCAGGCCAUGUCGCCAUCUGUUGCAGAGUGUGCUCGUGCUGUCUUUGCUGCCUUCCUGUGGCACGAAGGCAUAGUACAUGAUGCCAUGGCAUGCUCUUCCUUCCUCAAGUUCAACCCUGAGCUGACCAAAGAACAUGCACCCAUCCGCAACUCUCUCAGCUGCCAACAAGGCUUUGACGAGAAAGAGAACAAACUGAAGAACCGCCACUCACUGGAGAUAUCCUCUGCCCUCAACAUGUUCAACAUAUCACCUCAUGGCCCAGACAUAUCCAAGAUGGGUAGCAUCAACAAGAACAAGGUUCUGUCCAUGUUGAAAGAACCUCCCUUGCCUGAGAAGUGUGAGGAUGGAAAAAGUGAGGCAGUCUUGUACGAGAUGACCAGCCAUUCCUCCAUGAGGUCCAAGUCUAUCUUGCCUCUUACCCUCCAGCACCUAGUAGCAUUCUGGGAAGACAUAUCUAUGGCUACCAUUAAAGCAGCUACACAGAACAUGAUCUUCCCCAGUCCAGGUUCCAGUGCUAUCCUUAAAAAGAAGGAGAAUGAAAAGGACAGCAAAAAGACAAAGAAAGAGAAAAAGAAGAAGGAGAAAGCUGAGGUGCACCCUAGGGGGAACCUUUUUGGGGAGAUGGCACAGUUAGCUAUGGGAGGCCCAGAGAAGGAUACCAUCUGUGAGUUAUGUGGAGAGUCUCACCCAUACCCUGUUACAUACCACAUGAGGCAGGCCCACCCAGGCUGUGGCCGGUAUGCUGGAGGUCAGGGCUAUAACAGUAUUGGGCACUUCUGUGGAGGCUGGGCUGGUAACUGUGGAGAUGGUGGGAUUGGAGGAAGCACCUGGUACCUGGUGUGUGAUCGUUGUAGAGAGAAGUACCUGAGAGAAAAACAAACAGCUGCAAGGGAAAAGGUUAAGCAGUCAAGGAAGAAACCUCUCCAGGUGAAAACCCCGAGGGCUCUGCCCACAAUGGAGGCCCACCAGGUUAUCCGUGCCAAUGCGCUGUUCCUGCUAUCUCUGAGCAGUGCUGCUGAGCCUAGCCUGCUUUGCCAUCACCCACCCAAACCCUUCCACACACAUUUACCCAGUCUCAAGGAGGGAGUGUCUGAGGAAAUUCCAAACAAGAUGGGCUGUCUCUAUCUGCAAACCCUAGCACGCCAGCACACUGAGAACUUUGGGGCGUACCAAGAUGACAACUUGUUUCAGGAUGAGAUGCGUUACCUGCGUUCUACAUCAGUACCCGCUCCCUACAUCUCAGUCACUCCAGAUGCCUGCCCCAAUGUUUUUGAAGAGCCUGGAAGUAAUAUGAAAUCUAUGCCCCCAAGUUUGGAGACUAGCCCAAUCACAGACAGUGACACAGCCAAGCGAACAGUAUUCCAGCGCUCAUAUUCAGUAGUGGCCUCAGAGUAUGACAAACAGCACUCAGCCUCGCCAGCACGGGUAAAGGCAGUGCCCAGACGAAGGGUACACAGCGGGGAUGCAGAAGUUGGGUCGUCUCUGCUUCGUCACCCUUCUCCUGAGUUGUCUCGACUGAUCUCUGCCCACGGCUCUCUCAGCAAGGGUGAAAGGAAUUUCCAGUGGCCUGUGUUGGCAUUUGUAAUCCAACAUCAUGACCUUGAGGGCCUGGAGGUGGCCAUGAAGCAUGCACUCCGCAAAUCAGCCUGCAGGGUGUUUGCCAUGGAGGCCUUUAACUGGCUGCUGUGCAAUGUGACUCAGACCACCUCCCUCCAUGAUAUCCUGUGGCACUUUGUGGCAUCUCUGACCCCAUCUCCCUUUGAGAUGGAAGAGGAGGAGGAUGAGGAGAACAAAGGAAACAAGGAGAACCUUGAGCAGGAGAAGGAUUUGGGUGUCUGCGAGCACCCUCUCUCUGACAUUCUCAUCGCAGGUGAGGCGGCUCACCCAUUGCCCCACACCUUUCACCGUCUGCUCCAGACCAUCUCUGACCUCAUGAUGUCUCUACCCAGUGGAAGCUCACUCCAACAAAUGGCUCUUAGGUGUUGGAGCCUCAAAUUCAAACAGUCAGAUCAUCAGUUCCUGCACCAGAGUAACGUGUUCCACCACAUCAACAAUAUCCUGUCCAAAUCAGAUGAUGGGGACAGUGAGGAGAGCUUUAACAUCAGUGUACAAUCAGGCUAUGAACCAAUCAGUCAGGAACUGUGUGUGGUGACCUGUCUGAAAGAUCUGACUAGUGUGGUGGACAUUAAAACAUCCAGCCGACCAGCCAUGAUCGGCAGUCUGACUGACAGCUCCACUGAGACAUUCUGGGAGUCUGGAGAUGAAGAUAAGAACAAAACUAAGAGCAUCACCAUCAGCUGUGUCAAAGGCGUCAAUGCAUCCUAUGUAUCUGUCCAUGUAGACAACUCCCGUGACAUUGGAAAUAAAGUGACGUCAAUGACGUUCCUGUGUGGCAAGGCUGUGGAAGAUCUCUGCAGGAUUAAACAGAUUGACUUGGACUCGAGGCACAUGGGCUGGAUAACCAGUGAGCUGCCAGGAGGAGACCACCAUGUGAUCAAGAUCGAGCUGAAGGGUCCUGAGAACACACUCCGGGUACGGCAGGUGAAAGUGCUUGGCUGGAAGGAGGGUGAAAGCAUUAAGAUUGCUGGGCAGAUAUCAUCCAGUGUCACCCAGCAGAAGAACUGUGAGACUGAGACACUACGUGUGUUCCGCCUUAUUACAUCACAGGUAUUUGGAAAACUAAUUUGUGGGGACGCAGAACCAACACCAGAACAAGAGGAGAAGAACCUGCUCUCGUCACCUGAAGGAGAAGACAAGGCUCCAUCUGAUGCAGACUUGAAGGAGCAUAUGGUUGGCAUUAUAUUUAGCAGGAGCAAGCUUACCAACCUUCAGAAACAGGUAUGUGCCCAUAUCGUCCAGGCCAUCCGCAUGGAGGCCACACGUGUGCGGGAGGAAUGGGAGCAUGCCAUCUCCAGCAAGGAGAAUGCAAACUCUCAGCCCAGUGAUGAUGAUGCCUCCUCUGAUGCAUACUGCUUUGAGCUGUUAUCAAUGGUGCUGGCCUUGAGCGGAUCUAACGUUGGCAGGCAGUAUCUUGCCCAGCAACUCACCCUGUUACAGGACCUGUUCUCCUUGCUUCACACUGCCUCACCGCGUGUCCAGAGACAGGUAACAUCAUUGCUCAGGCGCGUUCUUCCUGAGGUCACACCCAUGCGCUUGGCCAGUGUCAUCGGGGUGAAGGCCUUGCCACCAGCAGACAUCAGUGACAUCAUUCACUCUACUGAGAAGGGUGACUGGACCAAACUGGGCAUUUUAGAUAUGUUCCUGGGCUGCAUCGGCAAGGCCCUCACAGUGCAGCUCAAAGCUAAGGGCACCACUAUAGUGGGCACAGCUGGUAUGGCUGCAGGCAAAGGAGUCACUACAGUCACCUUGCCCAUGAUCUUUAACUCAAGCUACAUACGACGUGGAGAGAGUCACUGGUGGAUGAAGGGCUCCAUGCCGCCACAGAUCGCUGAGAUCAUCAUUAAACUAGUCAAAGACAUGGCUGCUGGGCAUCUCUCUGAUGCCUGGUCCAGGGUGACUAAAAAUGCAAUAGCUGAGACCAUCAUUGCCCUCACUAAGAUGGAAGAGGAGCACCGUUCUCCAGUGCGCUGCAUUGCCACCACUCGGAUGUGGCUGGCACUGGCCUCGCUGUGUGUGCUGGAUCAAGACCACGUGGACCGAUUAUCCUCAGGGCGUUGGAUGGGCAAAGACGGGCAGCAGAAGCAGAUGCCCAUGUGUGAUAACCAUGAUGACGGGGAGACGGCAGCCAUAAUUCUGUGUAAUGCAUGUGGAAACCUGUGCACUGACUGUGACCGCUUCCUGCAUCUGCACCGGCGCACCCGUACCCACCAGAGACAGGUGUUUAAGGAGGAGGAGGAGGCCAUUAAGGUAGACCUACAUGAAGGCUGUGGCAGAACCAAACUCUUUUGGCUCAUGGCAUUGGCUGACUCCAAGACCAUGAAGGCCAUGGUGGAGUUCCGUGAGCACACAGGUAAACCAGCAUCCAGCAGUUCGGACGUGUGCCGCUUCUGUGGCACCAGAAAUGGCACAGAGCUGUCAGCUGUAGGAAGUGUGUGUUCAGACCAAGACUGUCAGGAGUAUGCAAAGCUGGCCUGCAGCAAGACUCAUCCAUGUGGUCAUCCGUGUGGUGGGGUCAAAAAUGAAGAGUUGUGUCUUCCCUGCCUGCAUGGCUGUGACAAAACCACAGCGUGUCUGAAACAGGACGCUGAUGAUAUGUGCAUGAUCUGCUUCACUGAGGCUCUCUCUGCUGCCCCAGCAAUCCAGAUGGACUGCAGUCACGUGUUCCAUCUCCAGUGCACACGAAGGGUUCUAGAGAACCGUUGGCUUGGGCCCAGGAUAACCUUCGGCUUUAUGUCUUGCGCUAUUUGCAAGAACAAAAUAAACCACUCUGUACUGAAAGACUUGCUGGACCCCAUCAAAGAGCUGUAUGAGGAUGUGAGGAGAAAGGCUUUAAUGAGGCUGGAGUAUGAAGGACUACACAAGAGUGAAGCCAUCACAAUGCCUGGAGCUCGAUUCUACAAUGACCCAGCUGCAUUUGCCAUGAACAGAUAUGCAUACUAUGUGUGCUACAAGUGCAAGAAGGCAUAUUUUGGGGGUGAAGCGCGCUGUGAUGCUGAAGCAGGACAAGGUGAUGAUUAUGAUCCCAGUGAGCUCAUCUGUGGAGGAUGCUCGGAUGUGUCCAGAGCACAGAUGUGCUCUAAACAUGGGACAGAUUUCCUGGAGUAUAAAUGCCGUUACUGUUGCUCCGUGGCUGUCUUCUUCUGCUUUGGGACCACACAUUUCUGCAAUGCAUGUCAUGAUGAUUUCCAGAGGAUGACCAGUGUCCCAAAAGAAGAGCUGCCUCAUUGUCCAGCCGGACCAAAAGGAAAACAACUAGAAGGAAGUGAGUGUCCCCUGCAUGUGGUUCAUCCUCCCACCGGAGAGGAGUUUGCUCUGGGCUGCGGUGUGUGUAGAAAUGCCCAUACCUUCUAAACGCCAGCAUCCUGUGUUGAUAUAUCUCUCUCUAUAUAUAAAUAUAUAUUCACCCGAGUGUGGCGGCUGACACCGGAUGUCCGAUUCUGAAGGGGCUGUGACUGGCCAGCGUGCUCCAGGGUGCGUCCCCUCUCUUUAGACCCUGAAGAAUGAAAAAAAAAAAACAAAAGAACAGAAAAACCUUUGUGACGUGUUUGCAUGCAGCCGUUGUAACCCUGCGGCUCCCAUAAACAUUGCACACCUCCUGACCACUGAAGUAUAACAAUGAAUGGAGGAGUUUUGAACCGAAUCCAAGACUGCUUAUGGCCACCGUGAAAAAAAGACAAAACACGGGCCAUGAUUUCAGCUUCUUGAAAACAAAAUUAAGAUUAUAUUGUUGUAUGUAAACUGACUUUUUUUUUUUUUUUUAAUUCUGUACAGUAUUCCUUCUCUUUAGAGUGCAUCAUGGUUUGAUGGGAUUAAAUAUUAAAAUGAUAUAAGAAGACUUUCGAAUGUUACACUGGGAGGAAAAUAGUGUACGAUUUAUCUACUCUUGUACAUAAUGACAGUAACCCUUCAUAUGUGUAUUCCAAUGUUGCUGCUCUACACUUCAGUUUCGUUUGAUAUUCUGGGUUAUGUUUUGAGCCAGAACUUUUAAUGAAGUGCAAUACUGGGUGUGCCUCCUCGCAGAUGUAAACAUGGAAUGUAUGUCAAUAAAGACACUGUACAUUUUUAUACAGUGAUACACACGCUGUUGUUUCCCCCCGGCAAGUAAAAUAUCAUUUCUGUAGUCAGAAUGUUAUAGAGGGGCUUAAUGUCUGCAGUGUCUGCCUUUUGUCUCAAUGACGUGGUGUAAACCCUUUUCUGUCAUUUUAAAAACAAAAGGUGAGUAUAUGUUCUGCGUUUGUAUUGUAAGAACACGACUGAUUGGGGCCAGUCUUCACACCAAACCAAAGGAGCAGUGAGGCAAAACAAAAGUAAAUAUUAGAAAUUGUGAAUAAUUAGUGGUCAUUUUGGAGGCAUAUAGGAGUGUUUGAGGUGUGAUAAACAGUUGCUGUAAAAGACAAAAUACUGCAACUUAUGAAUCUGCUUUGUAUUAUUAUCUGUGGAUGGAGUUGAAUGGUAAUAAACCGGGUUCUCUGUUCAGCAAGGUACAUUACAAAAAGAGUGUUGUGUUUUCUUUCCUCCAUUCUUGGAACAUUUCAGCUAAAAAAAUAAAAUAUUAAAGUGAUAUAGUUGUUUGAACAUUGCAACUCAAUGGAAGAGGUGACAGAGUACAUUAGUACUGUUAGAGUUGAAUAUGGCCUGAUGUGGCACAGGAACGUAGAAAUAAAAUUGAUAGAAUGGGAAUUAGCAUGAAGCUUAGUGACCGACUGUCUAAAUAAUAAUAGAAAAAUAAAACUCUUCAUUGUAUACUUUAAUUUCUGUGGCUACUGUAAAUU